CUCAAUUUCUUUGAAAAUCACAAGAUUUUUGUGCUCACCUUCUCUCUCCUUAUCGCCGGCCACCGUUGCAUCACCCCUUCACAUUGUUCCUCUUGAGGCUUAAAAUUUUGAAGCAAAAGGAACUUGUGAGAUAUUGAGUAAACAAAUUUUGGGGUGUCAUCUUUGGUUGGAUAAUUAAGGAGAGUUUUGAAAUGGGUGAAGCUGAAGAUCUUGUAAAAACCAAAGAAGUUGCAACACAAAUUAGUAAUGUAAUAAAUGAUAAAGAAAAUUAUCUAGAUUGUUUACCAGAUGAAGCAAAGGAGAUAUUGAAAUCAUUAGCAAGUAAAUGGGAGAAUGUAUUGGAUCCAAAUGCAUUGGAAGUUAUUCCUCUUAAAGGUGCAAUGACCAAUGAAGUUUUUCAGAUAAAAUGGCAAACAAUAGAAGGGGAAAUGUCAAGAAAGGUUCUAGUUAGAAUCUAUGGUGAAGGUACCGAUAUUUUCUUCGAUAGGGCUAACGAGAUUCGAACAUUCGCAUUUAUCUCGAAGAAUGGACAAGGACCUCGUUUGUUAGGACGGUUUCCUCAUGGUCGCCUUGAAGAGUUCAUUCGCGCAAGGACAUUAUCAGCACCUGAUAUGCGCGAUCCAUCUAUUUCGGCUCUUAUAGCUUCCAAAAUGAAGGAAUUUCAUGAUCUUGACAUGCCUGGUUCGAAGAAUGUGAACCUUUGGGAUAGAUUGCGAAAUUGGCUUAAUGAAGCGAGGCGCUUGUCGUCUCCGGAUGAAGUUGAGACAUUUCAUUUAGAAACAAUGGACAAAGAAAUCUCUCUUCUGGAAAAGGAACUGUCGGAAACUCGCCAACGAAUCGGGUUCUGCCAUAAUGAUUUACAAUAUGGUAACAUCAUGCUUGAUGAAGUGACAAAUUCUGUGACCAUAAUUGAUUAUGAGUAUGCAAGUUAUAAUCCUGUGGCAUAUGAUAUAGCAAACCACUUCUCUGAGAUGGCUGCUAAUUAUCAUACUGAAACUCCACAUGUUCUUGACUUCAGUAAAUAUCCUGAUUUGGAGGAACGUCAAAGAUUUGUGCAAACAUAUCUAAGUUCAUCAGGUGAACAAGCUAGUGAUAGUGAAGUGCAACAACUACUUGAUGAAGUUGAAAAGUAUACACUUGCAAGUCAUCUAUUGUGGGGUCUUUGGGGAAUUAUUUCGGAACAUGUGAACAAAAUUGAUUUUGACUAUGAGGAAUAUGCAAAACAGAGGUUUCAAGAGUACUGGUCAAGGAAAAGUGAUCUUUUUAGCAAUGAUGAAUCCAAUGUUACUGCUGGUGGUAAUGGGGAGAAAGCAUUAGCAUCAAUCGCCAAUGAAAAAUCAGAAAAGAGCCCUCCUAUCUCAAAGAAAUUGAAGAAAUUGUUUGGUCUUAGUUUAUUUAGAUCAAAACAGUAGAACAAUGUAAUAAUCUAUUUUCACAUUUAUGAAUGAAAAUGAGAAUAAUCAUAAGAAAAAUAUAGAGACGAAAAUGUACUACAAGC